AUGGUUCCGGUGAUGAAGACAGUGACAUUGAUUAGCGAUGAUGAAUUCGAUGAAUUAUCCGAUACUGAAAAUAAAACUAUCCCCACCAGGAUCCCAACCGAUUUGCCACCGAAACGAUCGUGCCGCAAUCGAGAUGUGUUGAGCACACUUCCAAGACGAUUGAACAUAAGUAUUCAGGGAGUAGAUAACAUCGAAAAGGAAGUUGUGGAAAUAAAGGUCUCAAAAGUUCAGAUGAGAGAGAAGAACAAACGUAACAAAGAAAAAGGACUACAAUACACACGAUCCGAUGGUACGGUAAUGCCUGCAAGAUCUAUUAAACCAUCUUGCAAGUGUAAACGUAAUUGCGGUCAAAAGUAUCCUGAUCAUACACGCAAACAGAUUUUAUCGAAUUUACUCAAGUUGAAGAUGUCAGGGCAGAAUCAAUUUCUUGCCAGUCACAUUUCGGUGACAAAAACGGCACGUCCCAAGGUCAUAAAUUCACGGCGCGCGUAUUCCCGGGUCUACUAUUUGCCAGCAGUGCAAGGCCAAGUUAAGACAUGUAAAGAAAUGUUCAUGGCAACAUACGAUGUACGUGAUCGAAAAAUUCGCACGAUCGCUGGCAAAAAGCUCGCUGGUGCAGGAAUAGCUACUGACGACGGAAGAAUGAAAAAUGGAUCCCGAUUGGUCGUCAGUGCGGAUCACAUGGAAUACAUAAAAACACAUAUUGUCCUUCCCAGCUUAUACGAGUCACUAUAG